CCUGCUGUUGCUCCCUGCAGCUGAUCUGAGAACAGUUGCGACUUGAAUAUCUGCUGUUGUUGUCGUGCUGUCAGUUUACUUGGUGGUCUUCUUCCAAGUUGUCACUUUAAAUUGUGUGUUUCUGGAUGUUAUCAUGACCGUCACACACGCUGGUUUUUAACCGCCACCUCGGGCCAAAGUUUGACCCCAGGAAUGUUUCGAGAAGCACAAGAAUGGAAGAGAAAGCGUUAGAAGUUUACGAUGUGAUCAGAACCAUCCGUGACCCGGAAAAGCCCAACACACUAGAGGAACUUGAUGUGGUGACAGAGAAGUGUGUGGAGGUCCGCGAGUUGGGCCCCGAAGAGUACCUCAUCAUCAUCAAGUUCUCCCCGACCGUCCCGCACUGCUCGCUAGCCACCCUAAUCGGUUUGUGUUUACAAGUCAAGCUUCAGAGAUGUCUUCCCUUCAAACAUAAACUGGAGAUUUACAUCAGCGAGGGGACGCACACCACCGAAGAGGACAUCAACAAGCAGAUCAACGACAAGGAACGGGUGGCUGCCGCCAUGGAGAACCCCGACCUCAGGGACAUCGUGGAGCAGUGCGUCAUUGAACCUGACGACUGACAGCACAUGCGCUGCUCACGUCGUGUGCGUCUAGGGGUGUGUGUGUGUGUAUAUAUACAGGACCAUAUAGAGUAGUCAUUUUUGUACAGUUCCUGUCAAUCGGGGUUAUGAGUCCCAGGCAUUUGUUAUUAACAGAAGUGGAAGGUUCACAUCCUUGCACCAUGUUGUGCUUUCCUUCCUACAAAUAAAAAUGUGUCAAUGGUGACAGGCACAUACCAUUUUUAAAUCAUACAUUGAAACAAAUAUCAUAGUUUUGUGUUGGCUUCCAUAGAGAAUUUUUUAUUAAAAACAUUAAUCAAAAGUGUGUCAUUCUUGACUCAAAUGAACUUAACGACCUGUUUACAACUUUUUGGAGCUCAUCACACCGAUGCAAGUUAGCAUGGAAGCAGUCAGUGUAUUUGUCCAAUUUGUCCAUGAAUGUGAGCCAUAAAAAGAUAUAUUAUAAACAUUUUUAAUGCCACCCGAAUCAUGACUCAGUAUAGUGAUUGAAAAAUAGUUGAUCUGAAAAUGUUAAAAUCAGCAUAUUGGCAUCAUCU